AUGGCUGAGUUUCGACCUGAUAAACCCGUCGAAGAAGAAGAACGAACAGAGGAUGAUGAUCAUGCCAAAACCACCGAAGAAGAAGCGCAAACAGAGGAAGGCGAUCAAGCCAAAACCAACGAACAAGAGUCGAUCACGAUGCAGAGUCCUAGGAGGAAUGGUCAAACGAUGAACCAGCAAGAACAACUAUCAAGAGCAUCAUCGUCUACACAAGUGAAGCUGUCUUAUUCUGCAAUUGCCUCUCGUUUGGCCACUUCUUCUUCUUCCGCCAUUAACGAACGAAAGAAGAAAACAGAGUAUUCUUCUUCAUCAAGAAACGGUGACAGUAGCGGAACCGUCGAGAUAAAAAGGGAAGAUGUUACUCAGAAAACGAUGAAUCUUGGCUCAACAUCUUGUGCAACUGAGCAGAGCCAAGCAGAGAAUCCUCAAGAAGAUUCAAGCACGAUUCGUAGGGGCGAUCAAAAGAUUAAUCAACCAAACCGUGGUUCAACAUCGGUCACGUCUGAUCAGAACAAUCGUAACCGGUCUUUUGGUAUGCAGCAGCAAUAUUCUCCAAGAUUUGGAGUAGAUCACAGCUAUGCAGCUGGAUUUGGUCCUCAGGUUACAAGGCCAUUCAUGGCAAAUCAGACGAAUAUUCUAUGGCCUGGAUUUGUAGAUCCCAACUAUCCACCAUGGAGAAAUCAGAACACAUACGAGCAGCAUCCAAUGCGAGUGCCACUUGUACCAGAAUGUUCUCAUUCCAGUCCCUCCAGGUCAAGCUCCACUGUGGAUGUACCAGGAUCAACGCACAAGUGCCAUUCUUGA